AUGAAAAAUAUUGAUGAAUGGGAAACGAAAUCGAUUGCCAAAACCAGAAGAGUGGCACAAGAAACAAGAGAGGAAUUGCUUUCAUCUGUCAAAAAUUUUAUUCCUCGAUUAGAAAUGCAAUUGACAAGUUUAAAUGCUGAAGUUCAUCAGGAUCCUGAUGACUGUGCUUUCAUGGGCACUGGCAUAGAGCAUUGGACAAAAGAAUUAGAAAGAUUAAAAGCAACACUGAACAAUCCACCUGAUUUCACCAUUCGACAAGAUUCCAGGGCAUUUAUUAGCAAAAUCUAUCUACCAGUUGAACGUAAGGUCAUAGAUGAAGGAAACAACUGCCGUGGCGCAAAUGUUUUGCAAGAAACUUCUUCUGUAUUUUGA